AUGGGAUUCAUGUUGGUUAGCAGGCAGAGUCGAGCUGGGCGUUGUUUCUCCUGGAGGGUGGCUGCCCUCGGGUUGUUUAAGUUGCUGUCCGUCGGUCAUGGGGCUGCUGUCCCACCGCGUGGUGAAUUGCUGGCUCGUAGUGGUGAUAGUGAUGAUGGUUUGGUCCAGCUGCGGGACGUCGGGGACGGGUUUGCAGACGAGGACGGGUUUGAUAUUGAGGUGUUGCUGUACUCGCUCGCGUCGAUGGUGGUAAUGUACGUGGUGGUGUGUUCUGUUUACCUGAUUGUGAAGACUGUCGUUACGAGGAUCCUAACACGGAACUACACGAGGCUGUCGCUGAACGGUGGCGCGUCGCGUGACAGGGAAAGUGCGAACGGCAGUGGGAGUCGACGCGGCGCGGAAAGCGGCGUAUACGACUGGGGCAGUCCACUAGAUAACGCGAGCGCCGUUGGGCCCAAGUUUAACAAACUGUCUCCGGAGGAACAGUUCUACUACAGACAGGGCGAGGAGUUCAUAAAGCAGAACCCGCCGCUCUCACUGGCCGCUUUCGCUAGGAACCACCGUCGUGUGGAGAACAGCGACGAGGCGUCUGACAGCGUGGAGGACGGGUUUGUGGACCCGAUCGUCAACGACCAGACGCGGCAGUUUAUCGACGAGGAGGGCGCGCACGCCUGGGAGUUUCAUCCGGAUAUGAACCUCCCCAACGAUACCGUACUGGUGGAGAACAAGACGGAGGUCACAUUUUUACAGUACAACUACGACGUUUCUGUCUCCACCAAUCUCCCCAUCCCCUGCAUCAACCGCGUGUACUACUGCGAGUUCAAGAUAUUCGAGUGGGAGGGCCAUGACUCGACGGACGUGGCUGUCGCAAACGCAAACGAUCUAAUAUCUUUCGGCCUAGCAUCGUCGCCCUACCCGUCAUUCAGACUCCCAGGGAGACACCACCACUCUGUGGCGUACGACUCAAAUGGUGGGAGGAGGUUCAACGAAUCCUUCGAGUUGGAGGAACCCCUCGCUCAGCUAUUCCCAGCUUGCGAGAAGGGAGACAUCAUUGGAAUUGGUUACAGGACGAGAAGUGGUACCGUUUUCUUCACAAAGAACGGUAAGAAACUCAGCGAGAAGGUUGCUGGGGGGCACAUCCGAGGAUGGAAGUUCAAGUACCUUUACCCGAUCAUAGGCUCAAACGGGCCAUGUAAGAUCCAUGCGAACUUCGGUACAUACGGGUUUGUUUACAUCGAGGCGAACGUGAAGAAGUGGGGGUACGGGAAGAUAAACGGCAUGAAACUGCCUCCUCCACCGUACGACAAGUACGACCAAGACAUGCUCCUGCAGAGCGGGUGCGAGGAUAACGACGUGGAUGACGAAUACGAAGACGAAGAAGAGGAAGACGACGAUGAUGAGGAAGACGACGAUGAUGAUGACGACUACGAGUUGACGAACAGCAUCGAAAGCCGCUUCUCGGGGAACGAGGAGGGCCUGCGAGACCGUGACGGGAAACUGCUGCCGCCACCCCCAGGGUUCGAGUACAGCACCUCGCCACGGUCGUACCUCAACGAUGAAGAGAUAAACCUUGGGUUCCUACCGAGGGACCCGCCAAAUUACUCAGAUAGAGUCCUCCAGCAGGAACGGGACUGCACGGUGGCACAGGGACCUGCAUCGCUACUCAUUGGUGCUAGCAGAACCCCGCGAAUUCUUCGUGGCGGUAGUAACCUUGCGCCGACCGAUUCCAAAAACUACAUGGAGGGCAGCCUUCUAGACCACGACGGGAAUGCGGACGAUUGCGAGGACUACGAUGAAGACCACGAGGCACACAGCCUCCAAUCGGACGAAGAGGAGAUGACGGACGAGCUACACCACAUGAUAUCGUACCAGCACGAAGACAACAGUCCAUAG